AUGUUGUUAUUGCGUUUGGUGGCACUAGCUGCCACGGCUGCUGGCUAUGUAGUCACUACCAUGGUCAAUGAAAAGGCCACUUGCUAUCUAUAUCCGGAGUCUCUCAGACACGAUGGCCAGGCAAUUGAUGAUGCACCUUCAAUCCACCAGGCCUUCGCAACUUGCGGCCAAAAUGGCGAUGUGAUCUUCACUGAUGGUGUUUUCAACAUCAACUCAGUGAUGAAUACAACAAAUUUAGCCCAUUGCGACGUGACUCUUCGAGGGGAGCUCCGUUUCUCGACCGACAUCUCCUACUGGCUCUCUCAUUCCUACGACGUCGUCUUCCAGAACCAGUCAACCGCCUGGCUCUUCGGCGGCGAAAAUGUUACCUUCCGUGCGGAUGGCGGUUGGUACAAUGGUCAAGGUCAGGCAUGGUACACCGAAAACCAGAACCAAAGCAACCAGCCAGGUCGGCCGAUCAGUAUUACUUUCUUUGAAUCUAAGAAUCUACUCGUGGAUGGUCUAAGAAUCAUACAACCACAGUUCUGGGCAAUAUUCGUCACUUACAGCCAAAACGUCUCAAUCACAAAUCUAUACGUCAACGCAACAAGCAACGACCAAUGGGGAACAGUCAACACCGACGGCUAUGACUCGUGGAACAGCGAUAUGCUCCUUGUCGAGAACGCCGUUGUUCAAAAUGGAGACGACUGUAUUGCAGCUAAAGGGAACACCACAAAUCUGCUCGUUAAGAAUGUCACUUGCUACGAUAACUUCGGUAUGACCAUCGGCUCUGUCGGCCAGUACCCCGAUAUGCCCGACUAUGUUGAGAACGUCACUUUCGAGGAUGUAAAGUGCAUCAACUGUAUGGAAGGCGCCUUCAUCAAGACUUGGCAAGGGAUAAUCAACGAUGACAACCUGAACGGCGACACCGGCGGUGGUGGCAGCGGCGUGGUCAAAAAUGUAACAUAUCGCAACUUCGACAUGACAAACGUCGCCCUGCCGAUCCAGAUCUCGCAGUGCAUCUACACCGAGGCAGAUGGCAAAUACUGCAACACGUCCAAGAUGGCAAUAUCCGAUAUUACUUGGUCUAAUAUCAAGGCUACCACGAGAUAUAACGUUGGUGCUUCGAUUUAUUGCUCUGAUGUGCACCCGUGCCCGGGUAUCAAGUUUGAGAACGUUCAGCUUGAAUCAGUCAAUAGCACGCUUGGAUUGCCGAUGUAUGGGACCACCCUGCAGGACGAGGUUUAUCAAUGUGCAAACAUUGUUGGACAGGAUACUUCCGGCGUGCCUUGUAAUCGUGUUGCGCCGAGUAAUUACGGCCAGGUCGUGACUUCUAAUAUCAAGGAGUGA